UAUACCGGUCUAUGAACACCGCUGCGGUCUUUUACUACUUCUUCCGCUGGCUUUGCUUCCGCCUUCUACUAGCCGACUUCUGUUGUAUACCCAUACCUUCCUCAUUGUAUCACAAAUUCACGGUUACAGACAUGGAAUACCUCAAAGCGAAACCAACCAGCAUCUGCCACGUGUUGGCCAUUCCGUAUCCAGGUAGAGGUCAUAUAAACCCGAUGAUGAAUCUCUGCAAGCUUAUGCAUUCAAAAAAUCCCAACAUUCUCUUCACCUUCGUGGUCACCGAAGAGUGGCACAGUUUCCUUAGCGGUUGCAAGAAGCCGGAGAAUAUCCGAUUUGACACAAUCCCCAAUGAUAUACCGUCAGAGCUUGUUCGAGCGAAAGAUUUUCCGGGAUUCUUUGAAGCUGUAGCAACGAAGAUGGAAGCUCCAUUUGAGCAACUUCUUGAUCGGCUUGAUUUGCCUGUGAAUGUGAUAAUAGCUGAUACUUAUUUGGGCUGGGUUGUCAGUGUUGGGAAUCGAAGGAAUAUUCCGGUGGCUUCUCUUUGGCCUAUGCCUGCUGAUGUAUUUUCUGUCUUUCACCAUUUUGAUCUCCUGCUACAAAAUGGGCAUUUUCCGGUUGAACUAUCAGAAAGAGGAGAAGAUUGCGUGGAUUACAUCCCUGGAAUUCCUCCAACACGUCUACUAGAUUUUCCAACAGUAUUUGAUGGAAUUGGUCGGAAGACGCUGCACCGAGUCUUGGAAUCUGUUUCAAUGGUGUCCAAAACACAGUACUUGCUAUCCACUUCUGUCUAUGAGCUUGAAUCUAAAGUCAUUGAUGCUUUAAAAUUGAAGUUCCCCUUUCGUGUCCUCCCUUUAGGCCCUAUGAUACCUUAUUUUGAACUAGAAAGCAAUUCUUCUUCAGCUACUAAUGGUUAUCAUCACAAUCUUCCUUACUAUCUACAAUGGCUAAAUUCCCAACCCAGAGAUUCAGUAUUGUAUAUUUCAAUGGGAAGCUUCCUUUCAGUUUCAAGUAACCAAAUGGAUGAAAUCAUUGCCGGAGUUCUUAACAGUGGUGUUCGGUUCUUGUGGGUGUCCCGCGGAGAAAUAUCCCUGUUUAAAGAUGGUCAUGGUGAUAUGGGAUUAGUAGUGCCUUGGUGUGACCAACUGAGGGUGCUAUGCCAUCCUUCUGUUGGUGGUUUUUGGACACAUUGUGGUUGGAAUUCUACCCUUGAAGGUGUUUUCGCCGGAGUUCCAAUGCUUACUUCUCCUAUAGUUUGUGAUCAAAUUCCUAACAGUAAAAAGAUUGUCCAAGAUUGGAAGAUUGGAUGGAGUCUAGAACGAGGUGCUGAAGGCAAAAACUUGGUGAAACGAGAAGAAAUUGCAGAACUAGUGCAGAGGUUUAUGGAUCAAGAAAAUAUUGCAGUAAAAGAAAUGAGGAAAAGGGCAAAAGAAGUUCAAGAAUCUUGUCAGGCAGCAAUUGCAAAUGGUGGAUCAUCUGAUACUAAUCUUGAUUCUUUCAUAAGGGAUAUUUCAGAAUGCCAGGCCAAGUGAGUGUGUUGAUUUGUUUAGUACUCUUUAACUAAGAAGAACAUUGGUUUCAUUAGAUGAUUUAAGCCUGCAAUUCUGGAGUUUUUACAAGCCAACACCACCAACUUUGUUAACUCGUUGAGGAUCAAACUCACUUGAGAGAAAAGAGUACUGAAUCAUGCAUCUCAAACACCACCAAUUAUUAUUAUUGUUAUUAUUAUUUUAUAUAUA